AUGGUGACGGUUGUUGAGGUGUAUUUGUUCGAUUUGUGUAUAGCUGAGAAUGAGGUUGGGAUUGGGGCCGAGGUGGUGGCGUUUGUUGAUAUGAUGGUGUCCCGAAGGAGUGCGUCUGAUAGAGUGGUGUCGGUGCUCCUGCUGGCGCAGAGAUGGGCACUGGAGCAGGCGCCAUCGCUUGGGUGCGAGGUGACGUCGCAUAUCUUAAAGAACUCGUUAUUUUUGGUUGUUUGUUUCGAAGUAUGA